UUUCAAAAAGACAAAAAGUAUCUUCGUUAGAAAAGAAAUGAGAUGUGAUGUGAUAUGCACGAGGUUGCAUUCGACAGAUUUGCAAUAAAUAAAUAUUGUCUGCACUACCAAGUGCUUCAUAUUCAAGCUUAUAGUGAUCUUUGAGACGAAUUCCGUUACAUAACCUCAAUCACAUUUGAUCUCAUUGACUAGAUUCUACUUAGCGCUAAUCAAAAUGAAUUCCAUUACGGACAGCCCGGGUUCUAAAGCUCUUGAAGCCGCUAAAAAUAUCAAGGACUUGACUGUAUUCAAAAAGCCUAUCGGAUCCGUUAAGAGGAGCAAAAGUGUACAACCAAAGAUUUUAGAUGAAGAUACAUAUAUUGAAAAAAUGAGUGACAUUAUACAAAAAGAUUUCUUUCCGCACUUGGAAAAGCUACAGGCACAAAAUCAGUAUUUAGAAGCUUUAGAGCAGAACGAUAUGAACAGAAUGAGAGAGUUGUACGCCAAGUAUAGCUCUGGCCGACCUGUCACCGAAAGACCGAUCAGUCCAGCGACUUUCGAAACUCCGCUGCGUAGAACUGAGUCAGCCGAAUCGCCGCCUACCACCGAGGCAUCGUCUCAAAAAACAGACAUCGUCGAGUCUGUAAAUAGAAAUGGUACUGAAAGUAAGAUCGGUCUGGAUGAUUAUUUGAGUAAUCACACAAGCGAGGAUAAUGCUAGUUUCGAAGAGAUGAUGAUUGAGGCUGAAAAUAAACGUAAGCUCAAGUAUGCCUGGCUUUACGAGGCAGAAGAUAAGUCGAAAGCUUGGCUAGCUAUCGACGGAUCCUCCACCACCACCACACCUGACGUCCCAGCUAUCCAAGGAUCCAAUCCCAGACCCAAACAAGUGGACAGUUGGACUUACAAGAAUAAAAAUUAUAUUAUGUACAUUCCCGACGGGGUGGAACUUACAGCGGAAGAGAAAAUAGAAUUGGCCAAGAAGAAACAGACUAUAAUGCACGAAAAUACGAGAUUGCGAACAAAUCCGUUUAACGAGCAACAAAAUAAAGAGACCAUCGACGAACUCGCCAAGUCACAAUCCAGAGCUAACGACGGCAAGAUUGGUGUGGAUGGCAAAGAGGUUGUCAGAAAUGCUACGCCACGAGUGAAUGGUUUUAGUUUCGUGGCUACGCCAAGUCCGAGACCGGGAGAAUGCGAAAGUCCGUUGAUGACAUGGGGUCAGAUCGAGGGGACACCCUUCCGAUUGGAUGGUGGUGAUACACCAUUGCUGAGGACGAGUCAGGGACCCUCUUUCAGAAUAGCGGAACCACCGAAAAGAGAACAAUUAGCAUUGCAGUUGGCUGAGAAGGCUGGCGAGAGACACAGGGAUCGAAAAAAUAAAGCCUUGGAAGCUGCCAGGAGAUCAUUAGCCACUCCAUCACCGAGAUCAACCAUAGAUCGUCUGAGUACUAUGUCUCCCGCGGCAAGAAGACUAGCGACUCAGAAACUGCGCAUAUCGAAUACACCAUCUCCUCGACGAACGCCAUUGUCUAGGACUCCGUCUGUAGGAGGUAUCAGAACACCUAAUACGCCACGUGCGAACGUACUGGCUAAAGAAAUCAUCUCUCAAAAGUCGGAAAUUAAUGCCACGCGGAUACAAGGACCCGUACUCACCGAUAAUUUACUUAAUCUACCUCCGCAGCGACAACGAGCGUCAGAUUUCGAAGUAUUCGCGGGCAUAUCCAAGUCGUCCAAACAAUCAUUGUUGAUCAAUUGCAAAAUCGCCGCGCUCGCUAAAGAGCCUGGCGGCUUAUCAUAUAAAUAUAAGGUCAGGAAGAAGAAGAGGAUCGAGAAGAGAGAGAGAGAGAGAGAGAGUAUUAUCGUUGAGACAGAUAUGAGGUCCUCUCUGAGCCUAGGAGCAGCCUUGCUCCUGACGAUAGCGAUCAUCCGGUCAUGCAAAUCGGAACAUACGUGUGGACAUUUAGGCUCAGGCACUAACGCGUGCAAAUGCGGAGAAAUAGUGGUGAAAUCAGCAAAGGUGCAAAAACCGCUGUUCUACGCGUCGCCGGAAGCAAUCAACGAAGCUGCAGUGGCACGCGAAGCGGUUGGAAGAUUGUCCGUGGGAACGGAUCGGUGGCAGUCUGAAAAUCUGGCAUCUACUCCCAAAUAUAAACCAUAUACCGGUGGAGCGUUUAGCAGCAGCAGCAGCAGCAGCAGCUCUUCAAGGUCCUCGUCUUCCAUCGGAAUUCUUGGAGGAUCGAUCGGCGGAAGCAACGCUCACUCUGCACCCUUCACUCUUGUCUCGGAUAGAGUUACUUCCAAUUGCGGAUGCGGAAAGGGUCAUUCCGAAUCUCUGGAGGUUCGCGAUCUCCUAUCCUCUAAUAUUGAAGGAAAAGUCGUGCCCAGUUUUCCACCGAUCGGCGAUCUGUGUUACCCGAGCCCGCCUAGCAAUAAAUUCCAGGUGACCACCAAAGUGACGCCUGCAUAUCCUGGUAAAAUCAAAUGCGCCCCUCCCAUUCCUUACAAGGUUUGCGUCAAAAUACUCAAUGGACAGAUCGACGAGGCUGGAUUGAGGGAACUCGGUUUAGCAACCGAUGGAUCAAUCGGCGGGAGCGCGAGUAUUUUCGACAAAUAUAUUUCAAACGAUGUAGCCAAGUUGGCUACGCGAUACGGAUCGCGCGCGGGUGCCGGCGCGGGUUCGACCACAUAUGGAUCGUAUUCAGGUGCCAACGCGGGUUCGAUCGCAUACGGAUCGUACGCAGGUGCCAGCGCAGGUGCCUCCGCCGCAUACGCGGGUAUCGGACGAUCGAGCGUUGCGACGUCGAGCAACGUCGAGACGAUCCAAGGAUCGAGCAGAUCUACCUAUGAUUUUGGCGAUGAUGCAGAGCUUCCUGAAGACUAUUCGUAUCCUCGACUGCCAGCGGAUCCGGUGUCAGUCACUUUAGCGUAUAAGAAUUUCUUCCCGCGUACCGUCUACUACAACAAGAGAGCAUUCGUGCCGGAAGACAAGCUGGCGUUCGGUCAUCGAACCGUGCCGACCGAGUCGACACCCAGCAAAAAUGUGCCGGACGUUCCCGAGGAAAAGCUUCAAAUCCUCAAGAAACCCAUUGUAGAGUUGAAGCCGGCUCUGCCACAGGCGCCCACCACCAUCGGCGCUUACGACGAGCACGAAGAAGCGAAAUUGGCGGAGCUCGAGGCUAUUGAGCGCGAGAGGAUAAAUCAGGAGGAGGUCGCCGAACGGCUGCAAGAGAACUUCAUUACGUACGGAGACCUAGGAUACGCGCCAAUCAACACCGCGCCCUUAUCGGCAGAUCCUAUUGGCGUAUUCAACAACAAUGUGGAAGACGAUACCCGCGGAGCAGACUACGGUUCGGUAGGACCACCAGAUCCCGAUUACGUUCCUGGCAGCGUCGUGAUCAAUCGAGAAGAAAUCGUAGGAAACAGAGGCCAAGUCGAAGAUGACUCCUCGAGAAACAACGACAGUUCAGACAUCUAUGUUCGUCAUUAUGACGAAAUUAGUGACGACGACGACGAGGAAUAUGACAACGACGAGCCCAUGUCCGGUAUAUUCGCCAGACUGAAAAAUGUCGCCCGAAAGCACGGUCGUUCGUCAUCCUCGUGUGGAGCCGUAUGAUCUUCCGAACGAUACGAAAUGCGUAAAAAGGACUCGCCUUAUUGACGAUUCGCGAUUAUCGAAAUGAAUCUUGAUUGAUUCUCUUGAACGCGCGAAGACGUGUGUUGGACACUCUCCAAAAUAUUACA